GCGCCUCUCUGUCUCUCUCACAUCCUCUCCUUAAUAAAGUUGUCGUUUUCUUGAUCCUAUUGUCUCCACGGUUUUGUUUCAACCUAUAGUUCUUCAAUCCAACGUAGACACAUGGUUCUUACAAAUCAGACCACCAUUUUCUGGUUAGAGGAACCUGGUCACUGGAAUCAGAUUUGGAUACACUUUCUUCCUUUUUAAUUCCUUCUUCAUUGCUUGCCACCACCUUCACCAAAACUUAGCCACUACCUCACUUCCUCUCCCCGCUAUCUCUUCAUCCAAAACACACCCUAAUUAAAACCCUUCACUAUUCAUAUAACUCACUAACAAUUUUUUUCACACCCCCCCCAGUCCAUUUUUUUUCCUCUCUAUAUAUUUCCUUCAUUCCUUCUCAUUAAACAAACCAACCAAAAAAAUUUCAACUCCUUACAUUAUCAUGAAACGAAACUUUAACUUUACAUCUACAAUAUAUCCUACAGAAGACUAUGACUUCAUUGGGAACGAGAGUUGCAUCGACUUUCAAUCCGAAAAUGAUGUCUUUAACAUUGAUCAUCAGAAUACUCUAACUUCUUCCACGGACAAGAAGAUUACAAGGUGCAUUAGAUAUAAGGAUAAGAAGAGAGAGUUUCCUCCUCCUAUACAUUGUCUAGCUCAAAUAGAAAACCACGCUUCGCUCAUGCGAUAUGCUUUAACAAGGUACUAUACUAAUGAGGGAAGGUUGAUCAUCAAGGAAGAGAAGUUGCAUCAUGAGUAUAUUCAAUCACACAGAGAGAAUGGUAGACUCACCUUGCAGCUUGUUUCACUAGACAAUGAGGAUGAUGAGGAAGAGGAACAAGAUGAACAAGAAGAAGAAUUAGCAUCAUUGCCAACUAGUCCACAAGAUAUUAACAAUGUUACUUUUGAUCAAAGUGUUGUUAUUAAUGAUGGUUUUGAAGAAAAAGAAGAAGAAAACAAGGACAACACUCAAAAGAGUGUUAGUAUUAGUGAUGAGGUUGUUGUGGAAAAUGAGAAUGAGAUAGUAGGGGGUGCAAAUAGCAGGGGAAAUUGUUUGAAUUGCAAUAGUAUGAUAUCAGCUCCUUCGGGUAUUUUUGGGGUAUUGCCACUGCAUCCUCUGAGAAUAGUUCGUGGUUGAUUUUUUAAACUAAUUUCUUAUUUGUUAGUUAAAUUCAUUAAGCUUUUAGACCCUUUAAUUUGAUGGCUAGGGAUGAUUGUAGUUCUUGGCAAUGUAGUUCUAUUUCUUUUUAGUUCUUCCUUUCUAAGUAUAAUCAAUUUUAAUGUCAUCUUAAUGUUCCUUGUCAAACUUUUGAUUAUGGAUUUAAUUGAUAUGCGCCGAUGGUGUAAAAAUUACACUGUCAAUCAAUACCAACC